GUUGGUGAGUCGAGUCACGGCGAUCAGGCGAUCAGUAUUGAUGUUCCCGCAGCGGCUGCUAAAUCAGCGUUUUGUGCUAAUGUUGUGGUUGCUUUGACUGCAAACAAAACCAGGUUUCCCUAGCAACGGCCCAGCGCCAACAUCGAAACACAGGGGCGUAAACACGUAGCACUGUGGACUGGGCGGACUAUUGCAAGGGACAAAAGGGCAACAAUCGAGAAAUAAUGAAGCAUCUAAUGGUAGGCGUUGCCUUCCUGGUGGUUGCCGUCGACAUUGCUACGGCCAUCAGUUGCUACGUAUGCAAUACGACUGACUCGACGACGCCAUUUCAGUGCAGCGAAUGGUUCGAACGGUUCGACAGGCCCGACCUGAAACCGGUGGACUGUUCUAACGUUUACGGGGCCAAGUAUUGCAUCAAGCACGUUGGCCGCUUCGAAGACGGAAUCGGUGCCAAGCGGUAUUGCUCGUCGCGCGAUCUGGGCAACUACUGUAAUUACGUGCGCAACCCAGGCGAUCAGAUCGAGUACCGGUCGUGCAUUUUCACCUGCGGCACCGACGGAUGCAACGGCGCACCACCAUCAUCCCGUUCGCUGGCCGCAUCGCUUGUCAGCCUUGUGGUCCUACUACUGACGACCCGCCUGUGGAUCGGUGCAGCCAUGAAUUAAAUCGAAAACCGUCAGCGAAUGCUGUGCUGACCGUAGUAACCUCGUAGAUUAAGUUUAAAUUAAACCUUCCUUUCUUAUUCCGUCCUGUUUGAGCUUUUCCGAGAGUCCAUAAUGUAACAUAAGAAUUUUUUAAAUAAAAAAAAAGACGA